GGCCGCCAUCUUCUCCGUCGGGGAGGUACGCUGUACUUCUUUUAUAAAUAAAUUUAAGGUCGAUAGCACCGAGUAACGUAAACGUUUGACCUUAAACACUUGUGGAAGUCGAACCUGUCAGUGAAACGAGUUGUAUGUAAACUAGUAAUUUAGGUCGCAAUAAACUCAUUCAAAUAUCAAAUUUCACACAGGAAAAACAUCAUAAACGAACUAGAUAGCAUUGACGUCAUUUCCGCCUUUUCAACGACGUCACUAGAGGGAGCCGUGGACUGGAAUUAAAGAUGGUGUAUACGGCGAUAUCGUACGUUUUGUAAAAUAAAAACAACACGAUCGGUGCGAUAACAAGAAAAACGAUGAGUAGUUAGUGUAGGAGCGUAACUAUAAGGAUAAUUACUUUGUGCGCUUUGAGUGAGAGACAGGAAGUUAACACCGACGCGAGUAAUUGUAAAGAAUGUGUCACGAGUAUGAGCUAUCAUCUUUAAACGUGACUCGAGUCAUACACUAAAGUUCUUUGUAGGUGAAUAUCCUUAAUUUGCCAUGGCUGCCACUAUUGAAUUUCCUCCCGUUACUUUCAGUUCUACGUUUCUACCUUAUUUUAUACAGGUAGCCAAAUCCAAUGGUAAUAAGAAUUCUGAAUUAGCCGAAGUCGUGCAGCAGAAAAACUUGCAAAAUUUGAAGAAGGCGCCCAAAAAAAAAUGGAAACGUCUGACGAGAAGCGGAAUUAGAACUCAACCGAAAAAACUAGAAACUGAAUUAGCCGAAUGUCAACUUGCUUAUGCAAAAGGCGUAUUGGAAAAUAUAGAUAACGAUGAUCUAACUUUAUUGCAUCUUCUUGCUUUGGUAAGUUCAUAUACAUAAAUAUUUUAAAUAUAUAUU